AUGAUUACCACUCAAAGCACUACUACAAAACGUCGUGCAUCUGUGCAUAAGAAUUUAUAUGACCCAGCCCUAUAUAGGUUCCCUGAACCGCCAUUGGGGGUAUUCCAGCCUAAGAAGCAAUCGAUACAGUUAUCUUCCAAUGAGGUGAUUUCUGAGGAUGGCGAUGACAAGCCAUCAGUUGCUAUAGAACAGGUGCAAGAAAAAUUCGUGAGUCUGUUUCCGCAUGGCAUACAGCAACAUUUACCAGAAGUUGAUGGGAAAGUGACCUUGGUAUGUUUAGGUUGGUACGUCAUUUCCUCAAUUUCUAGUAACCUUUCAAAAGCCAUUUUGCGAGAUUUUACGCACCCGAUUGCGCUUACAGAGAUCCAGUUUUUAUUGAAUGCGACGUUUUGCAUUCUGUUUAUUUCACUAGUUAAUUUUCUGAAAGUUGAGCCGUUCAACAAAACUACACUCUCUAAGGCUUGCAACAACUUUCCAGAAGGCAUAUUGCCAAACUAUUUGAAUGGUAGCUUCAAAGACUGUGUAACAGGAAAAUUUCUCCAUCCCAGCAAGGUCAUUAUCAUUGCCACGUUUCCCAUGGGAAUAUUUCAAUUUGUUGGUCAUAUUACGUCAUAUAAGGCGACUUCAUUGAUACCAGUUUCAUUAGUUCAUUCAAUGAAAGCGUUAUCUCCUAUCAUUACUGUUGGUUAUUAUAGGCUUUUCCAGGGGAAGCAAUAUAAUCCAAUGACUUACUUGACAUUGAUACCAUUAAUUCUUGGCGUUAUGGUAACAUGUUGGUCAACGCAUGGUAACAAAAAACCAAACUCUAAAGUUAAUGAAGCAGGUCUUUCAAUAGUUACCGGUUUAUUCCAUGCGACAGUUUCGAUGUUGAUCUUUGUUUCACAAAAUAUUUUUGCUAAGUCAAUACUUACCGUCAAGGCCAAAAAUGGUAUUUUACCAUCUUCAGAAUCGUCUCCAACCUUGCAGAAAAAGGAAAUAUCAUCAAUUCAGAUUGAUAAAAUCACCAUUCUGUUCUACUGUUCAUGCACUGGGUUUUUACUAACUUUGCCACUGUUUUUAAGUGGUGAAUUGUUUAAAGAUCAAAGUGUCUUCAAAGAUUUGACUUUAAACAGUUUUUAUUUAAUUUUAAUCCAUGGAGUGACACAUUUUCUUCAGGCCAUGUUGGCAUUUCAACUCAUUGGAAUGUUGUCUUCUGUGAAUUAUUCUGUUGCCAAUAUUAUGAAACGUAUUGUUAUAAUCUCUGUUGCGCUGAUUUGGGAAUCAAGAUUCAACUUUGUUCAAUUAUUGGGAUUGUCAAUGACGCUCAUUGGGUUGUACGGAUACGAUAAAUGGGGGAUAUCAAGAAAAGCUGGGUAUCAACUAUAA